AUGGCCUACUGGUUUCACAGAAACCCAUUGAAAGCAACAGCUGUUGUUACUUACGAACUUCAUGGAGUAUCAACCAAUGAUGCGACACGAAAGAUUUUUAGUGAUCUCAGGAUGACAAGAACAAAGUUGCUGGAAUUACUGACAGAUCCCAGUCAUCCAAGAGACACAGUGGAGAAGGCUGCCUCAGAAUAUCUGGGUCUCUUGCAGGGAAUGUGCAUUCCAAUGGAUUCAGGGGAGCCAGAAAACAAAAUGCGCAAAUUGACCAAAUACAAGUGGACCAAUUCGUUGCUGGGAAAUGCUUCAGUAGAGUACACUGACACAGUGUUUGAAUACUUCAGUAUGACAUUCAAUGUGGCUUUGUGGUUCACUAAACAUGCAGCCAAACUGGCAGCCAAGGAUAA